AUGGGAAGAGAUAUCGUAUCCUUGGAUGAUCUCACGGUCAACAACAUUGGAGUAUUCAAGAAAAUCAAUCUGGUCACGUUGCCAACUUCUUACUCUGAACAAUGGUACAAGGAUUCUUUGAACACUGACCAGAUUGUCAAGUUAGCAUACUAUUCCGAAUUACCUGUUGGAGCUAUUAAGGCUAAAACUAUCAACUCGGCUCAUAAGAUAUCGACAUAUGAAAACAUGCAGCAACAGCAGAUCAAUGCCAAAAUUGUUCCUAAUGCUGUGUACGUUGAGUCGUUUGCUGUAUUGGAAGCUUACAGAGGUUUAGGUAUCGGUGAAAGAUUGCUUAAAUUCUUGGAAGAGGAAACAAAGAAGAAGUUUAUUCACGAAAUAGUGUUUCAUGUUCAUAUAGACAACACUGCAGCUGUUGAAUGGUACGAAAAGCAUGGGUUCGCCAAAAGUGAAGAAGUCCUCAAGGACUACUACAAGGAUCAAGGCUUGUCUAAUCCAGAUGCCUUCAUACUUUCCAAGUCCAUAUAG